CAACAAGUGGGCUAUGUGCAAUAGCAACAAGUGGGCUAUGUGCAAUAGCAACAAGUGGGCUAUGUGCAAUAGCAACAAGUGGGCUAUGUGCAACAGCAACAAGUGGGGCUAUGUGCAAUAGCAACAAGUGGCUAAGAAAUCUGAAUAAAAAAAUAAUCAUGACUAUCUUCAACAAAGUCGUUGGUCUCGCUCUGUUCUUGGCGAUCUGCCUCAUUGCUUCAUCUGACGCAAGACCUAUGCCCGAGCCCAUACUAAACAGCUAUACUAUUGGAAAUGGUAAUAGUUACUUGAGUGGUAACCAAGCGAAUGGUAAUGGUUACAGGAAUGGUAACCAAGGGAAUGGUAAUGUUAGUGGUUACUGGAGUGGUAAUGGUUACGGUAAUGGUAUCUGGAAUGGUGGUUAUGGUCGCUGGUGGUAA